CGCGAUGACACGUCCCUGCUCGCUCAGUUUUUCUACGCGGACGAGGCGCUCAACAUCGUGGCCACGGAGCUGGACAGCUUCGACGGCCGCAAGGACCCGGAGCGCUGCUCGGUGCUGGUGAACCAGCUGCGCCAGUGCCAGGACAAGGUGCUGACGAUAUGCAGCCGCAUCAUGGACCAGGUGAUCCCGGACGAGCGCGCCGACCGGGACUUUCGCGUCAAGUUCCCCGACGACGUCAUGCAGGAGAACCUGGCGGGCCAGCUGUGGUUCGGCGCGGAGUGUCUGGCGGCUGGAUCGAGCAUAAUGAACCGAGAGACUGAGUCGUCGCUGAUGCGACCCCUUGCAAAAGCACUAACCAAGUCAUUGGAGAAUGUGCGGAAUCUCUUGCGCGAGCAGAGUCUGCGGGGUGAAUUGCGGAGUGAAUUGUUUGCUGCUGAACGGCUGAAGGGAGCUUUAAAGACGUUUGACCGCCUAUUUGCGGAGUUUGAGCUUUGCUAUGUGAGUGCAAUGGUGCCAGUCAAGAGUUUGCAAGAAUAUGAACUCCAACAGUUGGUUGUUGUUCUUUUCUCUGAAACUUUGCAAAG